AACAAGAUGGCGGAUAGUGGAGAAAAUAACGUUKCAAUUUCUUCAUUGUUCACCUCCAAGCUAAUGAAAUGGCGAGUAAAWGAAGGUCAAGACGUUAAAGAAAGAACUGUUCUAGCCUUGUAUGAAAAAKUUGGCCAAUCCAAYGAUCAGAAAGGUUUUAAUUUGCAGCCAAAGUUGAGGAGCAAUGUCAACGGCCGUAUCAAAAAGCUUUUGGUCGCAGAGGGAGACGUCGUCCCACCGGGUAAACCUGUUAUCCAAAUUGAACAAUCAGUUKCUUGUGAACAUACUACAGUCAUGAAGGAUCUGUGUUGUGAUUGUGGAAUGGAUCUCCGAAAGUUAGCUUCAGACCAAGAUGAGCCAUCUUCUCCCACUCUWGCUACAGUUUCCAUGAUUCACAAUAUUCCAGAAUUGAGAGUGACACAAGAUGAAGCUGAAGCAGUAGGAAAAAAGGAUGAAGAAAGACUUCUUAGCACUCGCAAGCUUGCCCUGGUUGUGGAUCUAGACCAGACCAUGAUUCAUACAACAAUUGAGCUUGUUCCCUCAGAUAUGAAGGAUGUGUACCAUUUUAAUCUUUCUGGCUACCCUCUUUGGUACCACACCAAGUUUCGUCCAUUUGCCCAUGAGUUUCUGGAAAAAAUGUCGUUAUUUCCACGUGGUGAUUCAAUGGUUUGUAUAAUCGAUGACAGGAAUGAUGUCUGGAACAACGCGCCUAACCUUAUUAAAGUCAAACCAUAUCAGUUCUUYAAGGGUGUUGGUGACAUCAACGCACCRUCAGACAAACAGCAAGAGAAUGCUGAGCCAAAAUCGGACAAUAAAGGCGAAGGAGAUGAAGAAGUGGAAGAUACUUCCAAUGUGGAACAAAAUGUUAACAAAGAAGACAUGAAGAAAGUCGAAGCAGAAUCAAAAGCAGAGGAGGAGAUUGCUGGUAAAGACGUUCAAGAUGGUGAUCCUAGUGGGGARCAAUCUGACAGUAAAGAUGAYAUUGAGAAUUCAACUGAAAAUWAUGUUAAGGAAAAAGGUUCAUGUACAGCAGAUGACAUUUCCCUUGGCAAAGAAUYACCAGAUUGUAACAGAGUCACUCAAGAAAACAUGGAAAUUUGUCCUGGUGCUUACGAAAAGAAACUCGUCAAAAAYGAUAAAAAUGGAGAAUCGUCAUCUAAAGAAAUUAGUAAAGAAAGUGACAAUUCCAGUACAUGUGCAGAGAGUAGCCAUGUUGACAAGAUGGAGRAAGCAGCGUUUACAGCUGAARAUAGUGAGAGUGAAAAACCAAAGCAAGUAAAUCAUAYAAGUGAAGAAUCGACYCAAAAUGWUAAAACAGAAGGGACUGCAAAUUCCACUCUUACUAGUAAUAAAACUCRUAAUCAUUGUACARSGGAGCUUCAAAAUGAGCAGCAAGCUGAURCAAGGAGUAAAGAGACAAUCAGUGAAAGUAUUCAAAASUUUAUUAMAGAGGACAUUGUACAUGAAAAAGACACCCAAGACACUGGUAUUUGCAAUAAUAAUAAUGGUAGUGAUAUCAAGGAAAAGAAAAGCGAAGAAGAGAAGAAGGACACACAAGAAAAACCUGCAAAACAGGCAAAAUCAAUUGUGAAAGAAAAAGCGACGACGAAACACGAGCACGUUGAUGAGGACGACUACCUUAUCCAUCUAGAAGAAAUCUUAAGACGAAUCCAUGAUAAGUUUUACGACACAGUUGACCAAAUCAAAGAGCUCAAAGCCAAAGGAAUUAAAGAGGCGGAUUCCAGCAUUGCACGAUAYUGCAGUCCAGGUACACUAUCACCRUGCACUAAGCAGAUCAUCAAAGAGCUACAGUAUGAAGUCCUCAAAGGAGCAAAUAUCGUCUUCACAGGCGUUAUUCCCACAAAUAUCCCACCUGAGAAAAGCGACAUUUGGCAGCGUUCAGAACGACUUGGCGCCAAGGUAUCUCGACAUCUGGUCACUCCUAAAGAUGCACGUGACCCAUCUGACGUCACAACMCACGUGAUUGCAGCGCGYCUCGGAACCGAGAAAACCUAYCACGCCAUCAAGACACCGGGCAUUAAGAUAGUCAAGCCAGACUGGCUGUGGUGUUGCGAGGAGAGAUGGGAAUGGGUGGAUGAGAGRCUUUUUGCUGUGGAAGGAAUCGAGAAGUACAAAAGAGAAACACGAAGCCAACGCACUCCCCAGGGGACCCCUCACCAUUGGAAAAAAGUUUCCAAAACCGAAAGUAAUCYCGARAAAAUWGGAAGUGACGAGGAUGUGAUAACUAASGACGAAACGAUGCGGGAAAGRACGUGUUCCUCUAGUAGUGCUGAUCUUCUCAUGGCGUCCUUACAUCCUCUUCUGUCCUUUUCGUCUACUGAAAUGGAAGCCAUGGACAAAGAAGUGGAGGAGCUCAUGAAUUCCGAUGCGGACGAUGAGGCUGAGAGUGACGUCAUCGGCAGUAUCUCGGGAUCGAGUAGCUCGUCAAGCGUUUCGUCGAGCUCUUCAAGCAGUUCGAGUUCGUCUCCCAGUUCAGAUAACGAGAACGACAAUUCGUCGGAUGUGACGAAAAAACGAAAAAUCAGCGGAAGUGACAGCGAAGACAAUACGAGUAAGAAACUUAAAGAGGGACAUUCACAGUCUGAUGAUGAAUCAGAUGAUUAUACACGGCGUUCAAGUCCGAGUGAUGAUGAUGAUGAUGGUGAUGAUGAUGACAUGGCAGCUCUUCUKGAAGCGGAACUAUCGCAUGACUGAAAGUACAUUGCCUGACAAGUGAUGGUUUCUUUCUAAAGAUAUGACGUAAAUUUGUAUAAAAAUACYCCACUGAAGCAAAAACAGUUUCGUUGUAAGGAACGACAUGCGAAACUCAUUGUAUAAUGUAUCUUCUUACAAGCAUAGUUUCGUUAUAAGAAACAACAAAKUAUUCGAGAAAAUAGUCUCUAGAAAGAGAAUAGCAAUACUGUCUWUAAAAGCAAGGGCAUACUUCAUUGUCGUUACCUAUGUUUUAUGCCUUGGUCUCAAAAGAUUGAUUAUACGCAUAUUGUGAAAGCAACAGCAUAUAAGAACAUAUUCAAAGGGAAAGAUUUCCGCGGUGUUACCUGAACCCUUAGGUCAGUCUUCAAACCUUAAUAAAAUUCGACUCAACCUACACCAACAUACACAGAAACCGGAAUCCAAGGAGACUGCAAUGAUGUAUGCUCUUAAUUAGUUUUCGGGSCUAGCCCAUGACAUGACUAUUUUCUGCGUCUUUGUAAAUAAAACAACGGUCACAUACCUGAGCUCAGGUCAGUUGUAUAGCUCCAAAGCACACUAAUAUUUUUGAUGAUAAAUGUCCAUGGUUACAGCAUUCGAAUCAUGCAAUCACGUGAUGUCAAUUGUGAAACUCUUCAUAAUAAAAUCAUUUGUAU